AAUCCUGGCAGAGCUAAGCCUCCACUGAGCUGAGGAUUGUACUAGGCAGUCAGAGUGUUGCUGUUGUCUCUCCCUCACCUGCUGCUGACAGCAAGGCGGCAUGGCCAACUGACUGACUUACAGGGAGCUCAAAGGGAAAACCAGGCCUUUGUGUAUCUGCUCUUAUUUGAAGUGAAAUGGCUCUCCGCAGAUCCCCCUCCGCCACCUGUGCAGAAUCAUGGACCAAUGGUGCAAGCUUCAUGCGGGUGGCUACAGCCCUCAGCGAGUCCUCCUCCAUCCACAGCGACGCCCUCUUCCAUCUGACCAGGGAUGUGUCCGGGAUGGGACUGGACCCCAUGUCCUACACACCUUUUAAAGAAGAACCCUGGGCGGAGGAAUGUGAAAGUUUACUACAGCGCAACAGCAUGCAGAUCCCUCCGAGUGACGACAAGAUCCCAGUCAGGGAUUCAACCAUAAGCCAAGAGGGCAGCAAGGAAGGCCUUUGCUUUUCCGAUGGCCGACGGAAAGUUGACUACGUUCUGGUCUGCCAUCCGCGAAGACACAGCUCUGUACGAUCUCCUCCCGGCACAUCGAUUUCACUGGACAGGUUAUCCAUCGUUUCCAAUGGCAACUUUCCCCCUGCGGUUGACCCAGACGCAGCAGCAGAAAGAGGAGGCGGCAUACCGGCAGGGGAGGCUGCAAAUGUUGGCGAGGUGUGCAUGGAGCUCGGAGAUGAAGGAUUGAAUGAGCCGACAGAGCCUGCUGACCAUGAGAUGCGUCUGAUCAGACAGGAAUUUGAGGCCAACCUGCUGGAGGCCGGACUGGAGAUAGAGAGGGACAAAGAGUGUAAGACCCAUGGCCCCAGCUUCACACGUCUCCAUGCCCCCUGGCCCGUUCUGUGUCGAGAGGCGGAGUUUCUUAAGAUCAAAGUCCCCACCAAGACGAGUUAUGAACUCAAAGAAGAAAAGGGAUUCGGGUCCAGUAUGAGCACAGUGUGGAAGAAACUGAAGCAGCCUUUUCAGCCCAAAGUACCACAUCAGGAACACGAACGCAACAAAGUCCUCUCUCACUGCUUCUCCAGAGACAAACUACACCUGUACAACAUAACAUCGAAAGACACUUUCUUUGACAACGCCACCCGGGGCAGAAUAGUAUAUGAGAUCCUGAGAAGAACGGUGUGUGUACGGAGCUGCCAAACCAUAGGCAUCAGCACAUUGAUAGCUAAAGGUGUUUACGAUGCUGCCUUCCCUCUUCAUGAUGGUGACUACAAGGUGAUCGGACACGUUGAGGAGAAGACUGACAGACAGGUCCUGCAUGAAGAGUGGGCCAGAUACUCUGCCUUUUACAAGUACCAGCCCAUCGAUCUCGUCAGGAAGUACUUUGGGGAGAAGAUCGGCCUGUACUUUGCAUGGCUCGGUGUUUACACACAGCUGCUGAUACCCGCCUCCAUCGUGGGAAUCAUUGUGUUCGGCUACGGCGUGGCGACAGUGGAUACCAACAUACCCAGUCAGGAGAUGUGUGACGAGAGUCUCAACUUCACCAUGUGUCCUCUGUGUGACGGAGCCUGCGACUUCUGGCACCUCAGCACCGCCUGUGGAACCGCCCGAGCCUCACACCUCUUCGACAACCCCGCCACCGUCUUCUUCGCCAUCUUCAUGUCUCUGUGGGCGGUGCUCUUCCUCGAGCACUGGAAGCGGCGUCAGAUCAGUUUGAGCUUCAGUUGGGAUCUUACAGGCAUCGAGGACGAUGAGGAACAUCCGAGGCCGAGAUACGAGACCAUCCUGCUGCAGAAGAGGCAGAGGAAACAGAAACAUAAGAAAAAGAAGAAGAAGAAGAAUGAGCUGGACCUCACCGUCAACAACACUAACGGGAAGGCCGCCAUAGAGAAGUUGACCUGGAAAGAUCGUCUUCCUGGAUACUGCAUCAAUGUUUCCUCUAUCCUCUUCAUGUUCGGCUUGACGUUUUCAGCUGUUCUCGGCGUCAUCAUCUACCGCAUCACAGUGUCGGCCCUGAUGGCAAUGAGCCCCGACCCCGAGACCAAGUCCAAUGUCCGAGUGACGGUGACAGCCACCGCAGUCAUCAUCAACCUCGUGGUGAUUCUGAUCCUGGACGAAAUCUACGGAGCCGUCGCUCUAUGGCUGACCGAGCUUGAGAUUCCUAAAACUGAGACCAACUUUGAGGAGCGCCUCAUCCUGAAAGCCUUCCUGCUGAAGUUCGUGAACGCAUACGCACCCAUCUUUUACGUGGCUUUCUUUAAGGGACGGUUUGCCGGUCGCCCAGGAAAUUACGUUUAUGUUUUCAAUGACUAUCGGAUGGAAGAGUGUGCUCCAGGAGGCUGCCUCAUUGAGUUGUGCAUUCAGCUCAGCAUCAUCAUGCUGGGGAAGCAGCUGAUCCAGAACAACAUCUUUGAGAUUGGAAUCCCGAAGUUGAAAAAGUUGGUGAGAGCGAUAAAGGAUAAAGGAUCAACAGAGGCAGAGAUCGAGGAUGAGAGGCCUCCAAAACAGUGGAACCUGGACUACGCCCUGGCCCCCUUUGAAGGCCUCACUCCUGAGUACAUGGAGAUGAUCAUCCAGUUUGGUUUCGUAUCUCUCUUCGUGGCUUCGUUCCCGCUCGCUCCGCUCUUCGCUCUGCUCAACAAUGUCAUCGAGAUCCGACUGGACGCCAAAAAGUUUGUGACGGAGCUACGAAGGCCAGUCGCCGUACGUGCUAAAGACAUUGGAAUAUGGUACAAUAUACUGAGUGGAAUGGGCAAGUUCUCAGUUAUUAUAAAUGCCUUCGUGAUCUCCUUCACAUCAGACUUCAUCCCUCGGCUCGUCUACCAGUACAUGUUCAGUCAGACCGGCACAAUGCACGGCUUCAUCGACCACACGCUCUCCUACUUCAACGUAUCCAAUUUGAAAGCGGGAACAGCACCGCUCAACUCUGAUCACGGAGACAUCACCGUCUGCAGGUACAAAGACUACAGGGAGCCCCCCUGGUCUUCAGACGCGUACACCUUCUCCAAACAGUACUGGUGUGUUCUGGCUGCACGGCUAGCUUUCGUCAUUCUGUUCCAGAAUCUGGUCAUGUUCCUUAGCCUUGUGGUCGCCUGGGUGAUUCCCGACAUUCCCAAAACCAUUGUGGAGCAGCUGAAACGGGAGAAGAAGCUCCUGGUCGACGUCUUCUUACGGGAAGAGAAGGAGAAAUUCCAGCUCAUCCAAAGUCUCUUCUCCAAGGACGCCUCCAAACACCCGGGCAGCCAUGUGAUCCCUCAAAGCCAGGGCGCCCCCCUCCCAGGCCGCUACAGCACUCUGCCCCCGGGUGCAACACAGGCUGGAGACGGAGGGGGAGGAGGGCCGAGGGCGAGGUGCAGGGCGGCCAGCUUCAGCCAGUUUACCAGGAAGAUCCCCCCAUCGCCCAAGAAUGAAAAUGAGAACGCGAGACACACAGCUGUGUGAAGUGUAACACACACACACACACACACACUCCAGACUGGAGAACAUGUCGCUCGGGUGAUUCAGUCCAUGAAUGUCUCUGACUGUGUCGUUUGUUUUCUGGUGUGUGUGUGACGCAGUAGUACUGAGAUUAAAAUAACAGCAUUAUUUCAGUGACAGUUGUAUUUACAUGUCCGAGUGGUUGAAUGUGGAAAUGGUUGUGAUGUUCCCUCUUGCAUCGACUGUUCACCUGAUAUAAAGUGUUAACAUUUUUACUUUUUGGUAAAAACAAACUGUUUAGUGAGGCACAGCUGCUUCAUAGCGUAGACAAGCAAUAAAUACAGCAUUAGGCUGCUCAGUCAAACGUUACCCGAGGAACUGAAGACGAUUUACAGACGGACAGAUGGAGUGAUGAACACUUUACAAACAGUGUGAUGGACAUUGUGGCUCAUGAAUAGGGCUUUAUGAACUUUAUGAAUAUUUCUUCUUUAUGUGCUUAUGCUCUUUAUGUAUUUCUUGUUUUGAACAGAAUUUGUAGCAGCUACCACAUCCCACACUUUCUGUGACUUGACUACGUGAACUCCGCUGAAAAGCCUCCUAGACGAGCAGAUUAUUGACAGCACUGACAGCCUAUCUGCUGAUUUACUCAAUAGAAUUCAGGAAUAACAUUGAAUCAUAGUCACACUCUACUGAAAUGGUAUUGUUGUUUAUGCCAAUGGAGCACACUGUUAGAUGCCACUCAUAGAUUCUCAGCUUUUGUUUUAGAAAUAGAAGAUCUGUGAAGCGUUUUCCCCCUGUGAGCCAUGUGGACUUUGU